AUGACCCAUGUCAACUCCACUGCUACUCGAAUCGUUUAUCCAAAGGUACAUCAAGUAAACAAAACUUGGUCUUAUCGUUCUGCAAAGGCAAAAGGCAAUGUGUCUUAUGCAGAUCCAUACUUUUGGCUAGAGGGAGAUGCAAGUAACCCUGGUAUUCAAUCAUUCAUCAAAGAUCAAUCCAAAGUUACAGACCAAUACAUGCAGGGCUGUAGAGGUAAAGCGACAAUCAUUAAAUCUAUCAAGGAUGCAAGUAAUUACGACCAAUAUGGUCGUAUGAGCUUGGUGACUUCAAACAAAGGAAACACAUCAUUUUAUCUGUAUAGCUUCUUUGGCUCCGAAGGUCAAGCACCAAUAUGGUAUAUCGCCUCUAUUGCCGAAUUCCAAAAUGCAAAGAAGAACGCUUUCGAAAAACCGGCAGGCAAACCUUUUUUAGAUGAAACUCUUUUGAGCUCUGAUGGUAGCGCAAGUAUUGUUUUGUGGAGUGUUUCACCAGACGGCAGUACUUUUGGUUAUCUUUUAGCCAAUAGCGAAAGUGCAGGAAGCUGGUAUUUUCGAAAGUUUGAUUCACCUUUACUCACUGCAAAAACGUUUCCAGCUGCCGGUGAAGGAAGAUUAAAAGAUACUUUUCAAUCCAGUAUUGAUAUGAUCUCAUGGAUCCCAGACCAAAAAGGAAUCUUUUACCUAACUUCAUCCGAUUCAUCUGGUGGUACAAAUACAGAUUUGGGUUAUAAGGUUCGGUAUCAUGCUUUGCGUACCGAUAAUGCAAACGAUCUUACCGUUUUUGAUUCAAAAGAUGAGCUGCGACAGGAUUGA